AUGUCUCCGCCUUGUGAUAUUGCCCGCUCCACGCAGCCGCCCUUUGCCGCCCUCGCCGCCGCUGAGCCGGCGAAGGCGCGCCCGUGGUGGGUCAACUUUGUGACUGGCGCGAGCGCGGCGCUGAGCGGGUGGAUGUUUGUCCACCCGAUGGAUGUGCUCAAGGUGCGGCAGCAGCUGAUGGGCGAGGGCGGCCAGAAGAGCGCGGGCGUCUCCGCAGUCGCCAGGCAGGUCGUGCAGGCGGAGGGCGUCGCCGGCCUCUACGCGGGCCUCUCUGCGGCGGCGGCGCGGCAGCUCUCCUACGGAAACCUCCGCCUGGGCAUCUACUCGUCGCUCAAGGACGCGCUGUACGGCACGUCGCCGGCCCCGCCCCCCGCGUGGGCGACCCUCGGGCUGGGGUGCGUCGCGGGCGGCACCGCGGCCUUCCUGUCCAACCCGGUCGAGGUGACGCUGGCCGACGGCCGGCUGCCGCCCGCCGAGCGGCGCAACUACUCAAACGUAUUCAGCGGGCUGUACCGGAUCGGAGCCGAGGACGGCGCGAGGGCGUACUUUGCCGGCGCGCACAGAACCACCCGCCGCACGCUGCGUUGUAGCACCAUGCGGGUCCUGACGUCUGGUACGCACAGCACACACAGCUCACAGGACAGCUCACGAGGCACCUACUCGCCGUACGUCGACGGCGUGCCGUUGCACAUCUGCUCGGCCCUCACUUCCGGCUUCGCAAAGACGCGCAUGCAGAACCAGAGGCCGCUCGCCGACGGCACUGUCAUGUACACGUCGCUCACGCAAACCCUGAGCAAGAUUGCAAACAGCGAGGGCAUCGCGUCGCUGUGGAAUGGGUUUGGGCCGUACUUCGGCCGGUGCGGCGGGCACACCGUCUUCAUGUUCCUCUUCAUGGAACAGUACAAGAAGGUUGCCGACCGGGCGUACCCGACGGUGGUCUGA